AUGCCGCCAGAGCCGGGCCCUCCUGCCGUCCCUGUGUUUCCGAGACGCUGUUUAACCACUCCAGAACACGACUUUUAUCAAAAUAAAUUGUCUACUAAAGCGACUGGCUCCGGCUGCACUGACUGGAACCGACCCCCCUCAGGUGUAUCCCCCCUCAGGUGUGCCCCCCCAGGUGUGUCCCCCCUCAGGGGUCCCCUCGCCUCCCGCCCAGCGGCGCCCUCAGGCGGUGGGAAGCGGCGCGCCGGGGCCGGCCCCGUCUCCACCGGCAACGCCGCAACAGCGGGCGGGGAUCAGGCUGGGUCCCGCCGCACCCGGUCCCGCACGAGGGAAGGGUCGGGAGGUGCUGAGGGCCUUUGGGGAGACGCUGUCACUGGCGCGGUGCCCAGGGAGGGAGAGCGGGGCACGGGAGAGCCUUUCCCCCGUCAGGCUAAGUCUAUUCAUGUACUGGAUAAACACACCAGGAAAAUGGCAUGGUUGUUGGACAAUGAUCAGUAUUUGGAAAAAAUUGGGUUGACAAAAUUCCAUCGACAGGGUGAUGAUCCACCACAGCAAGAUUCUGCUGUGCCUCAGCUAGGACCAGAUAAUGGAUUGCUGGGAGCACAUAGCAGCAAGACACAAGAUGUGCUGAGAGGACAAAUGAAGAAAACACAGUCUCAAAAGGUGCAAACAACAGAAGAAUGGAUAAGAAAUUACAGUUUGGAAUCUUUGCAGUUAACAUUAGAGUAUCUGGUAAAUAAGGGCAAUAUUACUUUGAAUUCAGGAAAUAGUGGUGAAGAGAUGGUGUUUACAGAGGACACUGUUACUGAUUUUGAAUGCAGACUUGCUGAAGUGAUUGAACUCUAUCAGCACCGAAUUCAGUGGCUGUUGCAGGACAGCAGAAAGGUGUUCGGUGUUAUAAAAGGAACUAAAGUUGGACUUUUGGUUGAUGUGUCUCAUUUGAGUUAUGGACCUAGACUACUGGAUUUUCAGAAGAACCUUUUGUGCUUAAUAGAUGAGCAGCUUUGUUAUAAGAAGCAGUUGUACUGCCUCUCAUUCAGUACAGAAAUUUCACUGCUGUGGGAGAGUCCAAAAAUCAUCAAUGUUCAUGUGCUACAUGAAGCAAGACAGUGGAUACAAGAGCUGGAGCCUGGUCGAGGCUGUAAUUUGCUGAAAGCCUUAAGGCACAUCCUUCCAAUGAAAGAACUGAAUUCCUUGGUUCUUAUUGUAGGAAGCUGCCCUGAUCAGUCUUUUGAAAUACUAUGUGAUUAUGCUCAGCAGUGUACACUGGGGAGAAAAGUGCAGAUUCACAUUGUUACAUAUGAUUGCAACCCUGCUUCUCUUGCAGUUCUAAAGAACCUUGCAGAAGCUGUAAGAGGCCGUUACCAUUGCUACUCUUCCAAGGGAGAGAAUUUUGAUAGCAGUGAUUUUCAUCUGCUACUUCAAGAAUCCCAGAAGGCUAAGGACCUACUCAAGAGCAUCAAACAGGCUUUUCAAAGAAGAGUUGGUGGCUUGCUUGGUAGUAAAAAAGCAGAUGUUUCCACAGAAUUUGCAAAUACAGCACCUUCCAGCUUCUUCCCAAAGCCUCCAAAGAAUAAAGGACCAUUAGUUAUUCAAACACCAGACAUCCUGGCCAAAACCUCAGCAGACUGGUUAAAGACAUAUGGACUGAAAGCUAAAAAAUUAGACCUUUAUCAAGUUCUGGCUCCCAAUGCUUUCUCUCCUGUGGAAAAUUUUAUACCUGUUCUUAAAAAAACAGUAUCAUCAACUCUACAUGAGAAAGUGAUGAUACAGUUUGAGUGGUAUGAUGGAACUGUAAAAAAUAUCCAUGUUGACCUUCCAGUAUUGUACAACUAUCAGAAAAUCCUUGCUAAAAUGGUAAGAAUCUAUGAGAAACGAAUUGACUGGCUAUCUGGUGCUAGCAGAAGAAUAUGGGGAAGUGUUUGUGAAAGAAGGGUGGUUAUACUUGUUGAUAUAUCAGCGACAAACUCUACCUAUAUCACUCUUAUCCAACAUUCUUUGCGACUUUUACUUGAGGAACAAAUGUCAAAUAAGGACUACUUCAAUAUUAUAGCAUUUGGGAGUGAUAUUGUGCCUUGGCAACAGGAACUGUGUCCUUCCCAACCAGAAAACUUAGAAAAGGCUUGGAGGUGGGUGUUGAGUUUGGAGUGCAAGGGCAGUAGGAAUUUCAUGAGUGCACUCAGAAGAGCUGUGGAAGUUGACUUCAAAGAGAAAGAUAAACACAAAUCACAGGGGCUCUACCUGCUGACUACUGGAAUACCUGAUCAGGAAACACACACAAUCAGUGCUUAUGUGGCUGAGGCUUGUGGAGGUUUUGAUUUCCAGCUCCAUGUCUGCCUAUUCAGUGUAGCAAAGGGCACUGACUCCAGUGGGAUUAUUCCAGCCCGCUACGCCAACCCAAGGGAAACUGCCUGUGCUUUUAAAGAAAUUGUUCAGGCAGCCAGUGGAAGGUUUCACUGGUUUGGAGAAGCAGGUAUUUUUGAAAGUGAUGAUAUUACUAGUAUUAUAUCUGAAAUGGAAAAAGCAAAGAACUACUCCCAAAAGUGUGCAUUCCUAGUGGAGUCCUUAAAGCAACGCUCAGUAAAUCAGUCUGUGAAACCCAUCACACCAGAAGGAGACUCAAAUGUGUUUAUGAGGAGUGAGAAAAAAAAAACACAGAAGGUGCCAUCUCCUAAACCCACAGCUGUGAGUCUGGCUAGAAUGGAUGUUAAAGACAACCAUGGUACAGAGAGAAAUACUCCUGUAAGAGUACUAGCAUGGCGUCCUCCUAGCACCAAAGCAGGAAUUCCACCAGCACAAACAGUAAAAGAACAGCCUCAGACUGAGAAUAAAGGAAAGCAUAAAUCCAGGAAGCAGCCAGAGCUUUCUGUGUCUGUAUUUUACACUGAAGAAGGAAGAAACGUGGGUACAAUAUAUCAGAAGUAUCCAAAGGCAGUGUGCAUAAGAAAAUCUAUUUGCUCUGUCACGUUGCCAGAGGAUGAGGAAAUCUGUUCAAGCAAAGAGUGGCUGACCAAGUACAGUAUUAAAAAGCUUAAACUGGAAUUGCCCAGACUGAUGUUUGGUCCAGGCUGUACCCACCAGAAGAAAACUGUGCAGUCUCUGCACAAGAAAGUAUCAGCAAAAUACUGUUCUAUCUUCCCCAGUGCAGAAAUCAAUGGGGUUGUGAAACAUCUGCAGUUUCACCCUAAAGAGCUGGAAACCUACACAGAACAACUGGAGAAGGUGCUGCAGCGCUAUAUCCAGAGAGUGCAGUGGCUUCUCUCAGGAAGCCGAAGAUUGUUUGGUACCAUUUUAGAAGCAAAUGUCUGUGUUCUGAUGGAUACAUCUGGUUCCAUGGGCCCAUAUUUGCCACCCGUCAUGAAAGAACUUACCUCCCUUAUCUGGGAACAGCUGAGAAAAAAUGAAGUCAGGUUUAACCUGCUGAGAUUUGCAGAAAAUACAGAGAGUUGGAAAGAACAUCUUGUAGAGGCGACUGAUGAAAGCUGCCAUGAUGCUGUGCAGUGGGCUUCCACAUGCCAUGCUUGUGGGAACUCCUGCAUCCUUGCAGCUUUACAGAAGGCUCUCAGUUUCCAAGGUGUAGAGGCACUGUAUCUAUUGACUGACGGAAAACCAGACACCAGUUGCAGUCUGAUUUUGAAAGAAAUUGAAAGAUUGAUAAAGAAACAAGAUAUUAAAAUCCACACCAUUUGUUUUAGCUAUGCAGACAGAGGAGCUGUUGAAUUCCUGAAGAAGCUUGCUUCCCAAACAGGAGGGCGCUUCCACUGCAGUUCUGGAGGUGAAGAUGGACAAUUAGCAGCACACAGAAUAUUGACAGAGGGGCUGGAUGAUGAAUAUAAUCCAGUUUUCCCUUACUUUGAAGGAGAUGAUUUAAAGAAACUUACUCAAGAAGUAGCAAAAGCUAGAAGUUUCUUAAAGCAGGCAAAAUCUUGGAGAUUAUUGCUUGAAAAAUGGAACACAAACCAAAAAGAUGACUCUGGCUUUCAAAAAAGUGCUCAGACCAACCACCAGCUACGAAGGAGCAGGAACAGCAAAAGGCCUGAGCACACAGGAACUUCUCUGUCUGCCUGA